AUGACUCGUCGUCCAGGUGUAUUGACAUUUAUUUGGCGUAAUUUUUUGGAUUCGCUUGAUCGGAAACGAUUCCAGAAGACUUUCGUUGGUAAUGAUGAACAAGGUAACAAAUACUACGAAUUAACUAAAUCUCGACGAAUUGUUAACAGGGGUUUUGUUCCAGCAAAUACGUCAUCUCAGGUGCCAUCACCAGAAUGGCUAACAUGGCUACGAGGAAUACGGAAAUUGCCACCUACAGAAGAAGAAAUCUUGGCGAAUAAGCAAGCUAGAGAAGAGGUGGUAGAGAAGAUGAAAAAACUAGAACAGGAUAGAAGGAACGAAAUUCCAGCUAAUGAAUCAAAAAAGAUACCUUACAUAGAAUCGACAACGAUAUCGGACGAUUUCGAUUCACAACCUAGAGGUUUUCCACGUUACGUGGACUACGAUAAAAAACAGCCAGAAAUGUCAUGA